AACUUGUAAGAACAAAUAUUACUGAAAAUGAAGUACUUGUGCGUUGUCGGAUUUCUUGUGCUAUUUGGAAUUGCUGGAUUCAGUUCAGCUGAUGGAGCGGGUGAAUGCGGGAGAAAUUCUCCUGAUAUGGAAGCAAUGAAACUGAUUCCUUGUGCAGAAGCUGCAUCGGAUGAAGAUGCAUCCGUUUCCAGGAGCUGCUGUUUACAGAUACAGAAAAUAGGGCAGAACCCGAAAUGUCUCUGUGCUGUUAUGCUCUCAAAUACUGCUAAGAGCUCUGGAGCCAAGCCUGAAGUUGCUAUAACUAUCCCCAAGCGCUGCAACCUCGCCAAUCGUCCCGUUGGCUACAAGUGUGGACCUUACACAAUGCCUUGAAGACUGAAGACUACUUGAUGUGUUACUUGGAUCGAUGUUAUGUACUUAUGUUUGGUGGCACUACUGUGUGCUUCAGUUACUGUGCCUUAACUUAUAAUCAAUUGUCAUGUACGCUUUCUGAUUAGUAUAAUAAUAUCUGGUGUUUUCUCUUGUUCAGUGGA